UCGUUUGAGCAAGCAAACCAACAAUAAAUAUAAAAACCUUAAAAAAGAAACCCACCAUUGAUUCAUCAAACAAAUCUAACUACCCCUCUUCUCCCUCUUCUUGAAUCUCUCUUUUUCGCCGCCUCUCAAAAAAACAAUACUCCCAAACGCGCCAUUUCUCAAAAGUUUGACCUUUUAACACUUUGUUUAAAAUCUAACCAAAUAUUCUUUAUUCCUAUCGAUGCACCUUAUUCCAAGGUUUUAAUUGUAGAUUUUGAGAAAUUAAUGGCUGUUGUGAAACGUGUGGCUCAAUUAGGUGCUAAUUGUGGGAUUAGAUUUUCUAAAUCUCAAGGGAUUAAUAGUGCAUAUAAAGUUUCUGGUGCAGCUAAUUUGUUGAUUUAUAGGUCACAAUCCAACGGUGGUUCAGUUAAUUUUUACAGUUCAGUUUCGUCAUAUAAAUCGUGUGUUAAUAAGUUUGAUUAUAGGCAAAUCUCGCAGCUUGCUAAACCUAAUGCCCAACGUGCAUUUCUCGUUGAUACAUUAGCUCUGGUUAGGAGAUUAGAAGCUAAAGGUGUACCAUCAGAACAAGCAGAAGCAAUAACAUCUGUUAUCACUGAAGUUCUAAAUGACAGCUUGGAAAAUGUAGCUCAUUCUUUUGUUUCACGAUCUGAGAUGCAGAAAUCUGAGAUGCUUCAAGAAGGCAACCUUUCCAAGUUUAAGUCUGAAGUACAAAGCUCUCAGGAACAUCAUUUUUCUCUGCAGCAACGUGAAACUGAAAAGCUUCGGAAUGACAUUGAAAAAAUGCGUAGUGAACUAAGAUAUGAGGUUGACAAGCUUACUGCCGGCCAACGUUUGGAUUUAAAUCUUGAAAGAGGACGCAUUCGUGAUGAGUUUAACAAUCAAAAUGCAGAAACUACAAAUCUUACAAAUAAGCUUGACCGAGAAAUUCAUGCAUUGAGGGCGCAAAUUGAAGCUUCAAAAUAUGAAGUGAUUAAAUACUGUAUAGGUACACUUGUCUCUAUCUCGGCUGUUGGUCUUGCAGUGCUACGGUUAUAUACCUAAGAUAUUCAGAAGAUAUUUGUUGCUGAAUAUUUAUCUGAGCUCGGGUGCUCAGAUGUGGACUGUAUUCUUUUAAGAAGCUUGAAUAGAGAUCAACCACAUUGUUAAACCGCUGAAAUAUUCACAACUUGGUAGAUAGGUUAACAAUUGUAUUCAUUUUCUUUCAAACUUGUUCAUUUGUUUAAAUUUAAGGGGGUUACCGCACAUUCAAUGUUUGCUAUGGAAAUAUUUCAAAAUUUAGGAGGUUGAUGUAAUCUUUCUGCUGUCUUA